CAAUCUGAAGAUGCAUGCUAAAUAAACGGUCUGCACACAAGGAAACUGUCAGUUAGCGCACGAAGAUGCGAGUGUCAUCGGCUAAUAAUAAGAUCACAGAGUUUGGACGCGAGAGAGACAACUACCAGAUCCGUCCUCUUAUUGCAUAGCGUUAAAAUUGGCAGAGGAUUUUAUUGCGAUGUUGUCAGUUUACUCUACCUGCUCUAUCACUCCCCCGGUCAUGACGUCCGUUGCUGAUAAUGACAAAUGAUAAGGGCUUGAUUGAUAAGGAGAGACACCAUCAGAGCACACGGCGGUGCAGAUGGCAGCCAGCGCUGUGGUGAGGAUGUGAAAUGAUUUCUGCAAUAUGUGACAACAAUGUUUUAAACCCGUGAGAAUCAAAACGACUGUAAAACAUGGAUUUAAGUGCCAUGAGAGUCGUGCUCAUCGCAGCGGCAGGGCUGUGCCUGUUUAUCCUGCUGGCCGCCUGUUAUCGCUGGUGUUCUCUGGUCAACCGAAAUCGUGCUUCCGGAGAGGACAGCAUCAUUUCGCGCCGCACCAGCAUUGCAGUGAUCGGCAGCACACCGCCACAGACACGGCGAUCCUCUGGCAGCACCUACUCGGAAGAAGUGGGACACGACACAGUAUUGUACGAAUCAGUGUAUCCGCUCCCACAGCAGCUGCCCCCUUAUUCGAUGCGUCCCCCGCCCUACAAACCCCCUCCAGUGUUCCCCGACGAGCCGCCGCCAUCUUAUGCAUCGAUUGCACGAGAGGAGCGGAGGCAACAGCGUAGAGUUCGGAUGGCCGCCACGAGAAUGCAGACACGAAGGACAACCCCAUCUACAAGCGCAUAGCAUUCCGAACAAAUCCUUCCAGCGGUGUAACAGACUGUGAUAUUACAUGUAGGUCUUAGGUUUGGAGCGCUGCGGAAUGGAAAACUAUUCAAAUUAAAACGGGCAGACUGAUGUGUAGGUCUUUAGAAUGUAAGUCAGAUACCUAUCAACGUGUUGCGCGUAGGAAAACAUGUGAGGUCGUGCGGUUCGGAAGUUAUCAAGGUGCUGAAAGAUGCUUGGACUUGAACUCUUCACACCUCAGCUACUGCAUCAAUGUUCUGUUCUCGUGCUGGUUUUACUGGCGUCAUUGUAUACUAAUGAAAUACGAAAGACAACAACAGAAUCCAGUCUUCAGUAAAUACAUGCAAGGACUUUAUGCGUGUAGAUGUAGUAAAUGAUAUUGAUAUUAUAUGACAACUAUAAAUAGCUUAAAUAUUAAAUAUUUAUUAUUAUCUGACUAAUAAAUUAGGUUAAUAUAUAGCGGAAGUAACAAUAAUAAGAAUUAAAAAACAAAAGAAUGCCACAAGGAAAGUCAGCAAGUGUGGGCUUAUCAUUCCACCAUUUCGUCUAAUGAUGGAGGGAAAUAGGAAGAGAUAAAGGACUAGGAGAAAUAAAGGAAAGCUGUUAAUGUGAUAACCGACACAUGGCAAAGUUCUCUCACUUGUUUAUUUUAUUCAAUUCUGAAUUUGAUUCAUAUUGCGACUCUCUGGGAUAUGUUACCGUAUAGUCUGAUAAGUAAAUUCGAACGUUUCGGAGGAACAUACUGCCACAAUUUUCAGGGUUUAAUGACUUAAGAUGGUGGUAUUACGUCCCUCCGAAACACUGGUAUCCACAUGUCAUUCUACAUGGUUUCAUGAUGCAAAAUAACAAAAUAUGGAUUUGUUACGAGAGUUACGAAAACCUCUAAUCAUAUAUUAGAACUAGAUAUUAUUCUAAUUUAUCCUUUCAGCCUUGCCUAUUAUCUUAAUAUCUUUGAAUCAAUAGAGGGAACUUAAGUACUGUCGAUACGAAGGUCAAAACCUUGUAUGAGACGUCCUUAACGUCCACUAGCAGUGAUUGAUAUGCCAAUAUAUGCGAUGGAGUUUGGUCCUGCGGGUGAAAGUCAUAUUUCAUCACAAACAGGAACAAUGUGGGAACUCAGCCUCAGAGAUUUUACGAUUUCAUGACACGAAAUAACAGAUAAUGACAUAGUGAUAGACCGAAUUUCAUCUACGAUAUCUGUAGAAUAUAUUAUUAUAUUGUUCAUAAAUACAACUAUUCUAACUGUAAAGGUUCGAUUUACUUGUUUUAUGAUAAUCAUUUGUGACUCAUUACGGUCGUAAUAUAUAAUAUUUCCUUCUUCCUUGUUUCAAA